AUGAUCGCGCGCGGGCUAGUCUGCCUUCUCCUUCCCCUCAUUUGCGGCCUUGUGGUUCAGGGCGCCGUGCUAAACUACGGCGGUUACCAACCUUUGCUGCAGCAGUUCCGAACCCUCAACCCUCUGCAGAGCCACCAACAGCAACAGCAGCAACCGACCCAUCAAUGGUCCUACGCCUCCAUUGGCCAGCCGGCUGCGGUUCAUCAGCCCCAGCUCCAGCAACAGACGACCUACUCCUCUCCCGCCGCCUCGGCCGCGCCUCUGGGUCAGUACCUGCAGCUCUUCAACGGCCUCCAAGGCAGCAGCGGUGCUGGUGGCGCCGGCGCCGUCUACGAUAGUUCGACCUCCGGCCUCGGUUCCUCACAGCCGGCAGACAAUCUCUUCUUCUCUGCUUUCCCAUCGGCCGCUACCAGCAGCACUGGUAGCCAAAUACCGGUCGUUGGCGCCACGGCGGCGGUAAGCGGCAGCGAGACGCCAAUUGUAAGCGGCGCCAGCGGCUCCUACCUCGACGCCACGGGCUCCGCCAUUAACCCACUUUAUGGCGGCCUCUACAGCUCCGUUGUGGGCAGCCCCACUGACGGAGUGCUGGGCGCGAACGGAGGGAUCCUCGGAGCCGGUGACGACACUGCCGUGGUGGACAGCGCCGGCGAUGCUCAGUUCUACCUUGGACCCAGCGCAUUUCAGUCGGCGGGGACAGUGGACGCGAACGGGGUCUUCCAGAUCACCCCCGAGGCUGCGGAGCAGCACAGACAGCAGGAUGAGCGACUGCGACAACUGCUCAUCAAGCACUUCACUACCUCGCCGUUCCACCGCAACAACGACAAUGCCCAAAUCAGUUCAAUCGGACAGUUUCCUCUAGUUGGUACCGUUGGAACUGGAACCUACCUGCAGUCGCAGCAGCAGCCGCAACAACAGCAGCAGCUUUCCAUUCCACUCUCUUCCUACCUGUAA